ACAGAAUUUCAAUGUUACAGAACGACACAGACCGAGUAAAAUGAAUGCGAAUCUUUUACAUUUGCUUUUAGCCAUUGUGGUUACUGCCAGUAUUACCGACAUUCAUGCUUAUCGUAAAGGCCAUUUCGACAGACCUGCUGAUGAAAGUGACACAAACACAGGAAUAAACGACCUCCAUGAUGAAUACAAUGAAGGAAACAGAGAAAGUAGCGAAAUCAAUUACAAUGAUCCACGUGAUACAAUGGACAUUUCUUCCGAAUAUGAUAUCGAACAACUCUGUUCAUUAACGGAUAGCCUCGUGCAAUAUUACGAAGGUAACUGCAUGCGCAAUACCAGUCAAUAUGACAAUGUUCCAGAUGGUACAGUGGACAUUUCUACCGAUUUAGACGUUCAUAUACAACACAUGUGUACAGUCAUAUAUAACUUUUUUCACUUUCAAAUCCAACAAUGUUUGCGCAAAUCAAGUCAAUAUGACAAUGUUCCAGAUGGUACAGUGGACAUUUCUACCGGUAAGCGGAUGUUGACCGAAUGUCUCGAUUAUAUGGUUUUUACUUUUUUCUGAUAACUGAUUGCAUAAUGACUUGAAUAUCGCUUGUAACUACACGACUACGAUUGUGAUGGAGACAAUGCGGCAUCCAUAUAUGUUUCAGGAAUUCACUUUAAAUACCGAUUUAUAUGCUUUGUCACAUCCUCACUUAUGAAUAGGAAUUCCAUUACAGUGGAUAUGACAGCGUUACAUAUACGUGUACACAUGAAACAGCUUUGGAGUGAGCACAUAUAUAACGACUCUCACAAUAUUUCACUCAUGAACCUCUUAAGGGAAUCAGACGAACUUUCAUAAUGUAAAUACUGUCAACAUUCAUUAGUAUCCUACUUACUUGACACCGAACAUUGAUAGAUGGCUUACAAUAUUUGUGAGCGAUUCAAUGGUCGUGUAUAGCAUGUAUAAAAUUGAUGUGUGUCAUCAUGCCCUCUCUGAAAUCAAGUAGCAGGUUAGCCAUGACUGCUUGAAGAAGCACAAUUCCGUGUGAAGUUGGAAAUCGUGAAUAAAUAUUCCCAAUGACGCACAUCAUAUCAUAUGUUGUCAGAUCUAGUUGGAUUGAAGAAUUGAUCCGUUCGCUUAUAAUGGUAUAUACGAUUUAUGUGUGUUAUCUUAAUUGUCAUGGAAUUUUGUUUUUUUAGCGAUUGGGAAUGCUCUAGGAUUUCAGCUUUCUGAUAAAUAUGGAGAUCGUCGAUUUAAAAAUCGAAAUUAAUCCAAGGACAAGAAUGGUUUGGUAGCGUAAGAGCAUGAAUAACUCAAUUUAUUAAAUACACUCGCGAAUUCCGUUUCUUUUUUUGAUUAAUUAGUUUAUAUGUAAAAACACUGUUGAAUAAAAGUUUUUAUCAA